UGGAUUAGAUACGAGUUUGUUUUGAUUUUGCAUUCCUUGUGUGGAGUUAACAAAUACAUACUAACUGAACUAAACAGGCUACCAAACUCUCAAUCGACUGAAAAUGUCUAAACAACAGUUGUUGCGUGAGUUUUUAAAUGAUCGUUUAACGGCGGCUGCUGUGGAGAUUUUCGGGGAAGUUGAAAAAACGGUAGUGGAAUACCAGGAGGAGAACGAUCGGCUACGGAGACUUCUGGGGAUCUCACCCGAGAUACAACUAUGUAGAAUAGACUCCCUGCAGCACUCUGUCUCUGAAGAGGAGGUUCCCCCCGAGCAGCAGCACUGUGAGCAGGAGUGGAACCCCAGUCUGGGACAGGAGGAUCCAGAGACCACACAGAUUAAAGAGGAACAGGAGGAAGUCAGGACCAGUCAGGAGGAAGAGCAGCUUCAAGGGGUGGAGCCUGAUAUCAUAGAUUUAGAUUUCACUCCUCCUUGUGUGAAAAGUGAAUGUGAUCUGGAGGACCCACUUUGGUCCUUUACUCUUCCUCAAACCAAGACUGAGGAAAACAGAGAGAGUGACUCUAAACCAGUGGAUCUCAAACCUUUUGUCACUGUGACCCACAUUAACGGUCUCAACAUUCCCUGUGACCCUCCAGAUAAUCAAAACAAUGCCUCCAGCCACAGCUCAGCUGUAAGCAGCGACACAGUAGGACUUGACAACAGUCCACCAUUGGGUCCCAGCCCACUAUUGGAUCUCAACUCACCAUUGGAUCCCAGCCCACCAUUGGGUCCCAGUCCGCUAUUGGAUCUCAACUCACCAUUGGAUCCCAGCCCACCAUUGGGUUCCAGCCCACCAUUGGGUUCCAGCCCACUAUUGGAUCCCAGCCCACCAUUGGGUCCCGGCCCACCAUUGGGUCCCAGCCCACCAUUGGAUCCCAGCCCACCAUUGGAUCCCAGCCCACUAUUGGAGGAACACUGUUCCAAACCCAGCACCACAUCUAGAAGAACUCACCACUGCCGUGACUGUGGUAAAACGUUUGCUCUGAAAGCUGACCUGCAGAGACAUGUGACUCUCACCAAGAAGAGACUCAGUGAAUGCCGCUUCUGCAAAAAACGCUACAACUCCACCUGUCAACUGAAGGCCCAUGUCCGACUCUGUCACAGUGGGAAACCCUGCACCUGCCCUGUUUGUGGCAAGACCUUUAAAUACAAAGGAGUUCUGCCCAAGCACAUGAGGAUUCACCAAGGAGAGAAAUCUUUAAGCCGUGUUGACUGUGAGAAAAGCUUCAGUCACAAGGAUGCCCUAAACUUGCAUAAACUGACUCACACUGGAGAAAAAACAUUUAGCUGUGGUGACUGUGAGAAAAGCUUCAAUCUCAAGAAUAACCUAACCAGGCAUAAACUGAUUCACACAGGAGAGAAACCAUUUAGAUGUGGUGAUUGUGGGAAAAGCUUCAGCCUCAAGAAUAACCUAACCAGGCAUAAACUGAUUCACACAAGAGAGAAACCAUUUAGCUGUGGUGUCUGUGGAAAAAGCUUUAGUCAGAAAGGGGACCUAGGGAGGCACAAACUGACUCACACAGAUGAUAAACCAUUUAGCUGUGGUGACUGCGGGAAAAACUUCAGACAGAAAGGGGACCUAAGGAGACAUAUACUGACUCACACAGGAGAGAAACCAUUUAGCUGUGGUGACUGUGGGAAAAGCUUCAAUCAGAAGGGGGACCUAAGUAGGCAUAGACAGACUCACACAGGAGAGAAACAACAUGGCUGCUCAGUCUGUGGUAAAAGAUUCAUUCGUAAGGCUCAUCUGCUGAAGCACGUGAAUAACGUCCACGACGAAAGACAACAGGAUGAAAACAAGAACAACGAAAAUGAGGAUUAAAAUCUAGUUGGGACAAAGAGGAGCUGCGGUUAUAGCAGAUGGGAAUUAAAAGACAGGAUGUGAACACUUAGAAAAACAAAGCAACUCUGGAUUUAUUGACGCUGUGGUUUUUCAAAUAAUGUGUGACGGAUUUACUUUUUGUGAAACGUUUUAUACGAAUAAAGUUUUAAUUUUGAACGAUGAGGUAAUGUUCAAAGAGUAGCAUCCCAGUAUUAUGGGGAUCUCACAAGUCUGAGGGAUGUACUACAAAGCAGGAGUUAGCCAGCUGGCCAUGCCUAAAUAUUCUGAUAUCAUUUUUAAAAAUAUAUAUUUUUUAGACCGAUCUAAUGGUCUAAUUGAUUCAACAAACAAAAAAACACAAAUUUAAGAUUUUUUUAAAUGACCCAGAAAAGCAGUAGUUAUAUCUGGUUGCUUAUCAAAGAUCAACAGCUAAAUCCUUGAUUCUGCUUUGUCGUAGACCCCUCUGCUAUUACACGUUAGUCAUUUAGCAGACGCUCUUAUGCAGAACGACUUACAUUAGAUCAUUAGAUCUGCAAUUAGGGUUAAGUGCCUUGCUCAAAGGACAUAUCAACAGAUUUUUCACCAAGUCGGCUCUGGGAUUUGAACCAGCGACCUUUCGGUUACUGGUCCAACCCCCCUUAACAGCUAGGCUACCUGCCAAACCUGUCUAAAGUCUGUUGAUGUUUUCACAUCAUAAAAAAUAUAUAUUUUAUCUGUUUGUUUUGAAAUGUCUCUCAGGGUGAUGAGAGAAUUAUCUGACUGAUGUUAUUGAUACAUUAAAAAGAAAUCUGUCUGAAAAAAAUCUUCA